GAGAGAGAGAGAGAGAAAGAGAGAGGCAACGUCACUGCAGGAAAAGAUAGCCACACACUCAAAGUGGGAGAGAGAGAGAGAGAGAGAGAAAGAAAAAGAAGUUGUAAACCUUUUUUGUGCUCUGAGUUGGGAAGGAAGAGUUCUCAGCUCUGCCUGAGUUUCCCUUUUCCCCCGCUGAGACCGUGGAAAGAGCCGGAGCUUCUCUGCAGAGUUUGGGAGACAGAGCGCAGAUUGCAGAGGGAAGGGCUUUGAAAACUGAGCGUGAAGAAAAGAGAAAAGGCAAAGUGGUUCCAGAGGAAAUCAUGCGAGUGGAUGCUGCUGUAUCCAGUGUCAGGUUUCAGAAAAUGAGAGUCCAGUGCAAAAGUGCUUCUGCAGGGUCUGUCCAGCUGAGAAAGGCGAGUGCUGAGGAUGCCAGCUGUUAACACCAUGACCGGUGGGAGGGCAGUGCUGCUCUGUACAAACGCUGAGAACUGCAUCUACCAAUCUGUCGACAGGCUUCAGUGCUGUGGGCUGAAGUUCGGGGAGCCCCCUGCUGUGGGUGCCCAGUGGCCAGCCAAGCUGAAGGACGGUGAGGCCAAGCCCCCCCUCACCCCCCUGGAGAACCUGAGCGUCAGCUCAGGGUGCGCCGCCAUGCUCGCCCACAAGAGGGCGACCAGCGCCGACCCCCGGGCCAAUGAGAACGGGCUGGCGGGGGUCAGAGGGCUCUCCAGAGCCACGGCGGGCCUGAAGAGCAGCGCCAGCAUCCGGGACAAGAUCUCACAGUGGGAGGGCAAGAAGGAGUCCCCGCCCACCACACCCGCUGUGCCCGCCGCACCCGCCACCCCGCCAUCCUGCCCGCUGGCGAGCGCCAAGGAGGCGGAGCCCGCCAGGAAGAAGGACUCCAAAAGCGUGGAGCCCCAAAGGGAGGAGGGCAAGAGGCUUGUGAGCUGGGAGAGGCAGGACUCUGGGAAGGAGAACUCUGGGAAGAUGGUCGACUCCAGGCCCAGGUCGCCUGAAGGGCCCGGGCGGGACAGGGAGGGGGUUCGGGGGAAGCCCGCCGACAACGCCCAGGACAAGAGCUCGGUCCUGACCCACAUCAAGAAGCUGGAGCAGGCCAUGAAGGAGAGCCCCAGCAAGCCGUCCAUUGCGUUGCCAGGAAACUACUUCUGCCCCCCUUCCAGGGAGGAGCAGGAGGAAGCGGCGGAGGCGAGGGGGUCGGAGCCCAUUUUCGGGACGCUGGACGUGGCGCGGCCCGUCGGGGAGCGCCGGAGGCGGGACGCGGAGAACGUGUACACCGAGCCGGGGGCGCCGUCCAUCAACCCCCUCCCGAAACCACAGCGCACCUUCCAGCACCACACCCCCAACAAGACCUCCAACUCCGCCCCGGGGCUGGGGAGGGCCAGGAGGAACCUCCCCCCUCUGCCCUCCAUCCCCCCUCCCCCACUGCCCACCUGCCCCCCUCCCGGGGUGAACAGAAGGCCAUGGGCUGACAGACCCAGGGACAGCAGCAACAGGAAGUCCUACGAGUUUGAGGACGUCCUGCAGCUGUCCACGGAGGGCUGCAGGGUGGACUGGUACGCCCAGUCCAAGCUGUCCCUCACCCGCACUUUGUCAGAGGAGAACGUCUACGAGGACAUCCUAGACCCCCCGUCGAAGGAGAACCCCUACGAGGACAUAGAGCUGGAGAGCCGUUGCCUUGGAAACAAAUCCCCUCUGCCCCAGAGUCCAUCCUCCCCUGUUCCUGACACCCCAACUAAGCUCUCCUGCAAGCCCGGCUUCUUCCGGCAGAACUCCGAGCGCCGCAGCUUCAAGCUGCUGGACCUGCGCAAGACCAACCGCGAGGGGGGCGUGGCGUCCCCCUCCCGAAUCAGCCCCCCGUCCACCCCCAGCAGCCCCGACGACACCCCCUGCCUCUCCGGGGACCCCAACAACCGCAGGCGCAGGAAAAUCCCCAAGCUGGUGCUGAAGAUCAACGGGAUUUUCGAGGCGCGGAGGGGAAAGAAGCGGAUGAAGAAGGUCUCUCAGUCCGCGGAGUCCAGCUCAGGAAGGGUGACGGAUGAAAACAGCGAGUCCGACAGCGACACGGAGGAGAAGCUGAAAGCGCACAGUCAGAGGCUGGUGUCUGUGCAGUCCAUGCUGAGGCAGACUGGGCGCUACCGCACGCUGGAGCGGGACCUGCUCGAGCUGCAGGAACGCCGGCUCUUCGAGUACUUCCUGGUGGUGGCGCUGCACAAGGCCAAGGCCGGCGCCCCCUACCUGCCGGAGGUCACUCAGCAGUUCCCUCUCAAGCCCAGCGGUAAAGGCCGGCGCCUUCCGGAGGUGUACUGCAUCGUGAGCCGGCUGGGCUGCUUCGACCUCUUCUCAAAGAUCCUGGAUGAGGUGGAGAAGCGCAGGGCCAUCUCCCCCGCCCUGGUGCAGCCCUUCAUGAGGGCCGUCAUGGAGGCGCCCUUCCCCGCCCCCGGCAGGACCAUCACCGUCAAGAACUUCCUGCCCGGCUCAGGGACGGAGGUGAUUGAGCUGUGCCGGCCGUCAGACUCCCGUCUGGAGCACGUGGAUUUCGAGUGCCUGUUCUCCUCCCUCAGCCUGCGCCUCCUCCUGCGGGUCUUCGCCUCCCUCCUGCUGGAGCGCAGGGUCAUCUUCACCGCCGACAAGCUCAGUACCCUGUCUCAGUGCUGCCACGCGGUGGUGGCCCUGCUGUACCCAUUUGUGUGGCAGCACACCUACAUCCCUGUGCUGCCCCCCUCCAUGAUCGACAUCGUCUGCACCCCCACCCCCUUCAUCGUGGGGCUGCUGUCCAGCUCCCUGCCCCGCCUCAAAGAGCUGCCCAUCGAGGAGGUGCUGGUGGUCGACCUGGGUAACAGUCGCUUCCUCAGACAGAUGGACGACGAGGACUCCAUCCUGCCCCACAAACUGCAGGCGGCGCUGGAGCACGUCCUGGAGAGGAGGAGGGAGCUGGCCUGCGAGAGGGGAGAGAUCUCCAGCGACUCCAGCUCCCUCAGCGCUGUGGUGUCUGAGGCCUUCGUGCGCUUCUUCGUGGAGAUGGUGGGCCACUACCCGCUCUUCCUGGGUGCUGGGGAGCGCGAUGAAGAGUCCUCCUCCUCCCCCUCCUCCUCCCCCACCCCCUCCUCCUUCCAGCGCGAGGCCUUCCGCAAGGCCGUCUCCUCCAAGAGCCUGCGCCGCUUCCUGGAGCUCUUCAUGGAGACGCAGACCUUCACCGGCUUCAUCCAGGAGAGGGAGCAGCGCCGGCAGGGCGUGAGAGGCCUGUUUGAAGUGAGGGCUCAGGACUACCUGGACUCUCUUCCUGGGAGCGAACACCGCGGAGUCAACAAGUUCCUCAAAGGCCUAGGCAAUAAAAUGAAAUUCCUGUCCAAAAAGUGAUGAGGAAUGUUGGACCCAGCUGCUCAGCAGCGUGCAGUGUGUGCGUGAGAUGGCUGACAGGCGUUUUUUUUUACGAUCUGGAAGCCGGACUCACGAAAACAAGCUCAACAGCAACGGGGACCCGCAUAGCCGCAGUUCUGUGCAGCCUGACUGCUAAAGCUGCGGGAAACUGUCCAUUUCAACCCUGAGGAGAGAGGGGGGCUUUUUGGGCUAACUGAGGCUCGGGCUGAUAACUCUCAAUGCGCUCUAUUUUAUCACUGCCUGCACCAAAAUACCGAUUCAUAUCGCGGCAGUCACUUCCUCUCACUGCCCUGAUGGGGGCGGAUUAAUGGCUGGUUAUUAUCGUGUCCUGUGUCUCUUCACUUCACUAGUCUACUGUCUCUCCUCCAAAAUGGACGCUGAAUUCUCUCAGCUGCAGUGGACCAAAUGAGUGGCACACCAGGAGAAGUGAAGAUGUGGGCUGAGCAGCCGAAGGAGAAUUUUUGUAGUUUUUUUAUUAUGAUUUAAAAUUUUUGUAGUUUUUAAAUAAAUGUGGAUAAUUUUUUUUUUUUUUUACAUUUGAACACAGUACAACUUCUUUUGAAACAGGAGGCUAUAAAUUAAUUUAUAUUCUUUUCAGACAAACGUUAUAUCUUUUUCUUUCCAUUUCAGAUGAAGCAAAAAAAAAAAGCUAUGGUAGUUGUCGGUUU